AUGCCGGAGCGCCGCGCUGCAAUGAUGGCAAACUCCACAGCCAUCGAGAGGUACUGCCUCGUCACCGUCGGCGCAACGGUCGGUUUCAAGGAGCUCACCACGGCCGUGCUGGAACCCGGUUUCUGGCAGUUUCUCCGGUCCAAGAAUUUUACCAAUCUCCGCAUCCAGUGCGGCCCGGACAUCCCAUGGGUCAGCGCCAAGCUGUCGGAGCGCAAGGAGGAGACGCCGGAGGGCCUCGACAUCGUCGCGUUUGAUGUCCGGAGAAACCUGAUGACGGAGGAAAUGGCGCUGUGCUCGCCAGAUCCUGGACGUCGCGUGCAAGGUCUCAUCAUCUCCCAUGCGGGCACCGGAACGAUCCUGGACGCGUGGAGGCUGAGCAUCCCCCUCAUCGUCGUGCCCAACACGAGCCUGCUCGACAAUCACCAGACGGAAAUGGCGCAGCAUCUAGCCCGGGAAGGCUACGCUACCAUGGCCACUGCGAGUCGUCAGGAUCUUCAGGACGCCGUCCAUAAGUCGGGGCUUCUUGUCGAGGACAACCAGACCCGCUGGCCACCGCACUCGGCCACGGCAGGUCCAAGCGUUGCCAUGUCUCUGUGGGACAUCAAGCCGAUGGAGGUCAAGACCGAGGAGAAUUCUCAGCUGGCCCACGAUUAG